AUGGCCGACGCAGAGAAAGCUGAGAGCUCCCCGUCCCCCGCAAUUGCAGCCGGAGCUGCGGCCGGAGGUCCAUCAUCACCUCCACCCGUCUCUCCCAAUGCGCCGGGCAAUGAUGAGUUCAUCGCACCCACAGAGGGCACCAUCAUCGAGGCUGCAGACUCGGACGAGAGCGACGAUGGCUACGCAACUGAUGACAUGUCGCGCGGCUCCACAAGCAUAUCCUCGAGCGUGCGCGACUAUGCCUUUGAGAACAACCGGCGCUACCACAAGUUCAAAGAGGGCGCCUAUGCCUUCCCCAACGACGAGCCCGAGCAGGAGCGCGAAGACAUGAAGCACGCCAUGAUUGUGAACCUGUGCGACGGGCGCCUCCACUACGCGCCGCUCAAAAACCCCCAGAAGAUUUUGGACGUCGGUACUGGGACCGGAAUCUGGGCUAUUGAUAUGGCCGAUGAGUAUCCCGAGGCCGAGGUGACAGGGAUUGACCUGAGUCCCAUCCAGCCCAACUGGACUCCUCCCAAUGUUUCCUUCCUGGUCGACGAUGCUGAGUCCGAGUGGCUUUACAAGCCCGGAACCUUUGACUACAUCCAUAUCCGACACAUGACGAGCUCCAUCCGGGACUGGCCCAAGCUGCUCGCUCAGGCAUACACUGCACUCAAGCCCGGCGGCUGGAUUGAACUACAAGAGCUUCGUUUCAUCGUCAUGUGUGACGACGGCACUCUCAAGGACGAUGACCCUGUGGCCGACUUCAUCAACAACGUCAAAAAGGGCUUGGCUGCACUCGGCGUCGACCUCCUGUCGAUGGAGAAGCACCCCCAAAGGCUGGAGGAAGCCGGCUUCACCAACAUCGACAAGACGGUGCUCAAAGUGCCGAUUGGUGUUUGGCCGCGCGAUCCGAAACUCAGGACCAUCGGCCUCUACAACCGGAGCAUGAUCUACGACGGGCUGCAAGGGAUCGCCAUGGGACCGUACACUAGGGGUCUUAAGUGGACGCCAGCCGAGGUGGAAGUCUACCUCAUUGGAGUCCGGAAGGGGUUGAUGAACCAUCACGUCCAUUCAUACUAUCCUUUCCACGCUGUCAUUGGACAGAAGCCUCUGUAG